GCGGGUGGAGGCUGCGAAAGAGGCCGAGAUGGAGGCCUCUUUGCUCGCCCAAUGGCAGCACGAACACAUCCUGCGCUGUUACGAGUGGUUCUAUGACGGACAAGGCGAAAACAGCAGCGUGUGGAUGGUGUUGGACUUGAUGGACGGCGGGGACUUGCACAGCCUCUUCGAGCAGCGGCGCCGCACCCUGGCUGGACCCUUCGAUGCCAGCUUCGUCCGCAGGGUGAUCUCGGCCAUCGGCAGCGCCUUGAGUUUCGUGCACGACCAAGGCUUUCUUCAUCGCGACGUGAAAUGCGCCAACAUCCUUCUCUCCCGAAGCGCCGAGCGCAUCGUCCUCGCCGACUUCGGCCUAGCAUGCGCCAUCGGCAGCCAAGGGGAGCAGGAGACCAAGGAAGCGCUAGGCACUCCCAGCUACCUGCCGCCGGAAAUUGCCUGUGGCGGAUGCCACAGUCCUGCAGCAGAUGCGUGGUGUUUGGGUGUGGUCUCCUUCAAAGUGGCUGCUCUGCGCCGCCCCUUCGAGGCUCGAGACGACACCACGCUGCGGAUGAAGAUUGUAAGGGACGAGCCGAACAAGCUGCCGCAAGACACGCCUGCAGACGUUGCCGAAGCCGUGAAGGGCCUUUUGCACAAGAUUCCCGAGAAGCGGAUGCUCCCAGCUGAAGCUUACGCGAUGACGCAUGAGUCCCUCAUCGCCAGGCCGGGAUCCGGAUCUUUGGGGUGUUGGGGCUGUUACAGGGCUACUAGAAGGGUAUUCUGGACGGCUGCUGGCCGAGUAUAG